CCUUAUCCGAGCUCGUCUCUGCUUUAGUUUUGCUCCAGACUAAACCGCCGCAUGCGCAGCCUUGCCCUCUCCUCUCCUCUCCUCUCCUUUCUAUCUUGUUCACUUCGUCUCCAAAUUAUCCAGUUAUAUCCAGGUGAGUCACUUCACUGUAAAAUUCAUAGCUUCAUCUUCUUAAUCUCUGGAUUAUGUUAUGUUUUCUCUUGUAAUCAUCAAUCAAAAUCAAUCUUGUGAGUAAUAUUAUACUAGAGAGCUCAACAAAUGAUGGAACUUAAGCUGUCUCUUUCUUCCACCAAGUCCCUUUCUUUGCCCUUGUUUCUCUCCUCCUCCUCUUGCACCAAAUCUCCUUUUCUUCUCAAACCCAAGCAAUCUCUCAAAACCCCCCAUUUCUCGCUCUCCCAAAAAUCCCAGUUCUGGGGAAAUGGUUUAGUUUUACACGAGAGAGAUGCUGCUUGGGGUAACCUCGCCAAAACCACCCAUGUCCCAUUUGGCCCAAUAUGUGCUGCUGCUGUCAAGAGAAGGAAAGAACUUCCCUUUGACAACGUCAUUCAAAAGGAUAAGAAGCUGAAGCUGGUUCUCAAGAUACGCAAGAUUUUAGUCAGCCAACCUGAUAGAGUUAUGUCGCUUAGAGAGUUAGGUAGGUACAGGAGAGAAUUGGGUCUGCAAAAAAAGCGCCGUUUCAUUGCCCUUUUAAAGAAAUUCCCAGCCGUGUUUGAGAUUGUUGAAGAAGGGGUUUAUUCCUUGCAAUUUAAACUGACUCCCGAAGCCGAAAGGCUUUAUUUUGAGGAGUUGAAGGUUAGGAAUGAGAUGGAAGACCUGCUGGUGGUCAAGUUGAGGAAAUUGUUGAUGAUGUCGUUGGAUAAGCGGAUUCUGUUGGAAAAGAUUGCCCAUUUGAGAAAUGAUUUAGGGCUUCCCCAGGAGUUUCGUGACACUAUUUGUCACCGGUACCCACAGUUCUUUAAAGUAGUUGCAACUGCGAGAGGUCCGGCAUUAGAAUUAACUCAUUGGGACCCUGAACUUGCAGUCUCAGCAGCUGAGUUGUCUGAAGAGGAAAACCGGGUUAGAGAGAUUGAAGAGAAGGAUUUGAUUAUAGAUAGGCCUAUCAAGUUCAACAGACUAAAGCUGCCAAAGGGCCUCAAUCUUUCAAAGGGUGAGAUGAGGAGGAUAUGCAUGUUUAGAGACAUACCUUAUAUAUCCCCUUACUCUGAUUUCUCGGGACUGAGAUCAGGUACUAUUGAGAAAGAGAAACAUGCUUGUGCGGUUGUUCAUGAGAUUUUGAGUCUUACUGUGGAGAAGAGAACUCUUGUGGAUCACCUUACUCAUUUUCGAGAAGAGUUUAAGUUCUCUCAACAGGUGAGGGGUAUGCUGAUUAGGCACCCCGAUAUGUUUUAUGUGUCCUUGAAAGGAGAUAGAGAUUCUGUUUUCCUUAGGGAAGCAUAUCGUGAUUCUCAAUUGAUAGACAAGGAUCGUUUGUUGAUCAUAAAGGAGAAGCUUCGAUCUAUUAUUUCUGUUCCUCGGUUUCCUAGACGGGGUGCUCCCAGAACUGAGGCAGAUGGUGCAGAAGAAAGUGAUGAGGCAAAAGAUGGAACUCUUGAGGAAGGAGAGGAGUGGUCUGGGGAUGAUGAUGAGUUCAACGAUGACGAAGAUGAUGAUGAAGAUGAUUGGAGUGAUGAAGAUGAUGAUACACCCCCAGAUUUUGAGGAAGAUGGGAAAACACCGACUAUUGGAGUGAGCAAACCAGUCAAACAGGAGGGCAGUUUGAGAGAGAAUAAUGGAAAAGUGCUUGUUCCAUUGUUGCCAGAUGGUCAACCAAGGGAGCGCUGGUAAAUGAAUGAAUCUGUGGACUCCGGUCUCAAAUAUAUCCUGAUAGGGUUCGUUAUUUGUUUUUGGCCUGAAAUACUAUAUAUGUUUGAUCCUGCUCAAAGGAGAACUCCAGGCCUCUACCAAUUUUCCUCUUACUCGAGGUUCAGAGAAGUUUUCUGUGGGAGACAAAGGCAUCAACUUCAAGUGUUAUAUUCCUCUACUGCCUUCUGUAACAGAAUCAUAUUAUUUUUGUACUCUUUGGUUAAGAUAAAUGAAUAUUUUGUGGGAAUGAAAAGUAUCAGCCUGUUUCAUAUGA